UUAUAUAAUAGUGAAAAAUAAUUUGACUAGUCAAAAUCAUUGUACAGUACAAUUUUCUCUAAUAUGGAAACAAAAAGUCAACAGUUAGUAACUGAUUUGCUUGAUGGAAAAAAACGGUGGUCCUUCGAGGAGUUUUUGACCGAGUUUGAUUUACCAAAAGUACAUAAUAAUUUAAAUUUUGUUAGUUUUCGCUCGAUCUCUGCAGCACUUUUUGAUCCGAACGAAAUUGAACGAAAUGAAUGGAGAAUUCGAGAUAUUUUUGACAUAUUCGAUAUAGAUAAAGACGGCGUAUUAAAGGAAGAAGAAUGGAAAGUAUUUUAUGAAUGGUUACGAGUAACAAUUGAACCAGUAGACGCUCUUUUAGUCGUAGACGUCCAAAAUGAUUUUAUUGAUGGUUCUUUGGCUCUUAGCACUUGCGAAGCCAAGCAAGAUGGAGGUCAUGUCGUGGACCCAAUUAAUCAUUUAGUGAAGAAUGGACGUUUUAAUAAAAUUAUUUAUUCGUUAGAUUGGCAUCCGGAAAAUCAUAUCAGCUUUUACGAAAAUUUACAUUUACGAGAAUUACAUUCAGAUUCAAAGGUGACAAAAGAAAAUGCAAAACCACUUGAUACAGUAAUUUUUGCAAAUCCUUAUUUGGAGCAAAUUUUAUGGCCUAAACAUUGUGUAAUGAACACAUGGGGAGCUGAGUUACACAAAGACCUUAUAAUUGGACCAAAUUCUGAACAGGUACGUAAGGGACAAAACUCAGAUAUGGAAGCUUAUUCCGCGUUUUCCGAUAAUAAUUUUGAGGGUUCAAUGGAAUUGCAAACAAUUCUAAAAAAGGCGGCUGUAAACCGCAUUUACGUGUGUGGUCUUGCUUAUGAUAUUUGCGUGAAAUCUACAUGCUUAGACGGCCUUCGAUUGGGUUAUGCAUUGGCUGUGAUUGACGAUUGUUGUCGUGGCGUUACGAUAGAAAAUAUCGAAAAUACAAAAAAAUUAAUUUCUGAGAAAGGGGGUUUAAUUACUAACAUUAACGAUGUUCUUGCAAUGGUAAACGAGGGGAAACGAAGCCUUGUCAUGAGUCACCAAUCUGCUAGAAAACUUAUUACAAUGUUAUCUGAUCAAGAAAUAUGAAAAUAUGAGAAGUAUGAGAAAAUUGUUGCAUGUUGACGCAAACUGUUACAUGAGUAAAGCUGCAUGAUUACUUUAGAAAUGGGGAGGAUAUUUAAAGAAUAGAAGUUUGUAUUUGUAUGAUUGAAAAUUGAAUAAUCUGACCUGGUAUAACAGUAGAAAUGCU